AUGACAACCUCAUCUGCUGAUGCCAAUCAACAACAUGGAGAGGAAGCCCUCCAGAUGUCGCAGCCUGGAGAAGUACAUGUUGUAGAACAGCAAGAUGAAAAACACUCUGCGGACAGAAAGGAGCGGGAAGAAGAUGGAACUACCAGUACCAGUACAUGUUGUAGGAGUCCUUCUGCUGACAGCCAAACUGAGAAUGAUGAAGAAGAAAAGUCAUCAUCACCAUUGUUACCACUUUCUGUGACUAUGCAAGCAGAACCAAGGCUCAUGGAGAUAUCCAAUCAAGAACGGGAUUGGGCCUUACGAAUCAAGCGCACUGUGGAAGCUGCACCUGAUCUAGACAAUCUGCCAGACAUGAUGUAUGCUCAUUUGGCAAUAUUCGCACAGGGAGACUUGGAUUGUGCUGUGCAUCGCGUCUACAACCUUCAAGAGUACAAAAAGGAAUACAAAAUUCUCGACUCAACCGCACAGGCCAACCGGUUAUUCAAGAGAUUCUUGUUUGACCAUUUUCCGGCUUUUCUGCUCAACUUUGAUUUUCAGCCAGAGCUUGGGCACUCUUUGUUUGUUUUUGAUUUUACAAAAGCAGACAAACACUACUUUAGGUGCCACAGAAAAUUCAGUGAAUUCUUGCACGUCUGUUACUACUUUUGCCAGGCAAUGUUCCCAAACUUUGAGGUUGUCCGGAAAGGCCAUCUUCAAAUUGUGGAGUGUGAAGGAUUUGACCCAUCAAAGAAUAUGGUGGAUGGCAAGAUUUUCACCCGUGUAUUAUCAGAAAUACAUGGCUCUUAUCCUACGGUUUAUGCUCAACUGUGCAUGUACCAUACACCAAUGUCAUUCAAUUUGAUGGUAGCUCUGGCCAAGAGAUCACUUCCCAUUAACUUGUUGUCCAAGUUGAGUGUUGGGUGUACUUUUCCAGGCCGUCUGGACCAGUUCUAUGGACUCCCCACACUUGAGGCUGCCACUCAGCGAACGUUUAAUAAUCUCAAUGAGGCACUGCGAAUUCGAUAUGAGAAUGAAAGGACGUUUAGGCUUGGAUGA